AUGGCUAUUAGAUUACUCUCCCGGCGAACCAAAACCAUAUACCGGCUAUUCACCGGAACUCCGACGGCCAAUCUCCGACUCAUCUCACAUCCACCCUCCUCCCUUCACCACCCGUUCCCACCCUUCUCGUCGCAGUCUCUUCUCUCUUCCGCGUCACCUACCAUUUCCUCCUCUUCAACAGAACUCAUCAACGACAUUUCUCGCAUCCUCAGUGACUACCGGAGCCCCCGUCACGAUAUCGUUUCAGCCCUCACUCCCUUUGCCGAUGCGAUAACCACCGACUUGGUCGAACAAGUACUCAAACGUUGCAACAAUCUUGGUGUUUCUGCACACAGGUUCUUCCUUUGGGCUAAAAACUUGCCUGGUUUUGUACCUAGUAAAGAUAGCUAUCAUAUUCUCAUUGAUAUUUUAGGUAGAAGCAAACAGUUUCCAUUGGUUUGGGAUUUCCUAGGAGAAACGAAACAAUCUCAAUCUUGUGAAAUCACUUCUGUAAUCUUCUGGAUGAUUUUUAGUGCUUAUUGUAAAGCUAAUUUGCCUUCCGACGCCAUUAGAGCUUUUAACAACAUGGUCGAUUACGGGAUACAACCGAGUAUCAAUGAUCUGGACCAGCUUUUGUAUGUGCUUUGCAAGAGGAAGCAUGUGAGGGAAGCUCAAUCGUUCUUCGAUAAAAUCAAGCAUGGGUUUAAUCCCACCGUGAAAACCUACAGUAUUCUGGUUCGCGGUUGGGGCUACAUCGGAGAAGCAAGUGAAGCACAGAAGGUGUUCGAUGAAAUGCUUGUGAGAGGAUGCUCUGUAGAUGUACAUGCUUACAAUAGCAUUCUGGAGUCCUUAUGUAAAGGAGGAAACGUCGAUGAAGCUCACAAGCUAUUCCGAGAUAUGAGAUCUAAAGGGCUCGAACCAGAUGCUUUCACUUACUCCAUUUUCAUCCAUGCUGCUUGUGAUGCAAACGACAUCCAUUCAGCCUUUCGAGUUCUUGACAGGAUGAAAAGGUACAAUCUUAUCCCUAACGUCUUCACAUACAACUCCAUCAUCAAUAAACUCUGUAAAUCCGAUAAAAUCGAAGAAGCAUACCAACUGUUAGAUGAAAUGCUCGAGAGAAAAGUUAAACCAGAUGUGUGGAGUUACAACGCGAUCUUAUCAUUCCAUUGCAAUCGAUUAGAGGUAAACAUGGCUACUAAAUUGGUAUCACGAAUGGAUACAGAUUCAUGUGAACCAGAUCGACAUACCUAUAAUAUGUUGCUUAAAAUGUUGAUUAGGGUAGGGAGGUUUGAUAGGGUCACGAGUUUAUGGGAGAAAAUGGAGAAAAAUGGUUUUCAUCCUUCUGCUUCAACGUAUGCUGUUAUGAUUCAUGGUUUUUGUAGGAAGAAAGGGAUGGUUGAAGAGGCGUGUAGAUAUUUUGAAAUGAUGGUUGAUGAGGGGAUACCACCAUAUUCUUCUACUUGUGAGGUUUUGAGGAACAAAAUUAUUGGAUUAGGGUUUGCAGAGAAAGUGGAGAUACUUGCAGAGAAGAUGGAAAGAAGUAGUUCUUGUUCGAUUCAAGAUCUUUCUGGUAUUAUGAGAGGUAAUAUGAAGAAUAUAAAGUCAAAAAAGGAAGAAAAUAGCUCAGAAGAGAGCGAUUAUUGA